CAUAAAGUACAGAGAAAUUUUUUUUCCGGUGAAGAAACCCGAAGUAGAGGAACUUUGCUAUGCGCAGUGACCUGAAACCGCUAUGGCAGAACCAGAUGAAUGCAAUAGUACCACCGACGACCAAGAGGCGGCACUCAUUGCUCUAGUCGAGCAUCGUACUCGUGAAGUUCACCAUCUCCAGCGGCGUAUUUCCUACUACUCUCGUCAGCUAGAGGAAGCAGAGAAGCGGUUACAGGAAUCUGAAUCUUUGUUGGCCCGCUUUCGAGGUCUGCGUUAUACUUUGCCAUCAAGAAGUUCUCAGGAUUGUGGGUUCAAAUGUGUGGAGGCUGAGCCUAGAUCAGCCAAUCCUAUUCAUUCCAAUGGAGGUUCUGAAGAAAAAGGACUUCUUGGUUCCAGUCACAGCCCUUCAAUUCCCAAUCGCUCUAAUCUUGCCACAACAGGUGAACAGGAAAAACCUUGUAUGGUCUCUUCUAUCGGGGGAGUUGUUGAUGAUCAAAGUGAUAGGAAAAGAAGAAAGUUUGGUUCUCCCAUUGCACUCAUGAUGUCUGCAUUGUGUAUGUUAGAGCAAAAAGAUCACAAGGAAUUGAUUCCAUUAGUAAGGAGUAGCUCUUCCCCAUUGACUGACCAGCGAGAUGCUAGUUAUUAUUUUUCUAGUCGGCACAGGAGAAAACUGAGAAGCCUUGCUCCAUCUCCAGUUAAUGACCAACUUUUUGUUACCAGUGCUUUGGAUGGAGUGAUCAACCUGUGGCAAGUUCAGUCCAAGGGGUUGUUUGCUUCUCUUCUUUGUACUACUGACUGUAUGUCUCAAAAGCAGAGGAGAUGGCCUGAAGAUAUAGCAUGGCACCCGGAUGGAAACAGCUUAUUUUCCGUGUACAGUGCUGAUGGUGGAGAUUCUCAAAUAUCGAUCUUGAACUUCAAUAGGACUAAAGAGAAGGCCAGUGUUACUUUCUUAGAGGAUAAGCCUCAUGUUAAAGGCAUUAUCAACAGCAUUAGUUUCUUGCCUUGGGAAUCUGUUCCAUUCAUUACUGGUGGCAGUGACCACGCUGUCGUUCUAUGGACUAUGAAAGAUAAACAGAACACAUGGAAACCAGAGCUAUUGCACAGGAAUCUGCACUCUUCAGCUGUCAUGGGUGUCUCAGGGAUGCAGAUGAAGCAAAUUGUACUUUCUGCAGGUGCAGACAAGAGAAUCCUUGGUUUUGAUGUUCAAGUAGGAAGUGUACUCUUCAAGCAUCAAUUAGAGAAUAAAUGUAUGAGUGUCUUGCCUAAUCCACGUGACUUUAACCUGUUCAUGGUUCAAACAGGAAGUCCAGAAAAGCAACUUAGAUUAUUUGACAUUAGACUGGAACAGAAAGAAGUCCACGGUUUUGGCUGGAAGCAAGAAAGCAGUGAAUCUCAAUCAGCUCUGAUAAAUCAGGCAUGGUCACCUAAUGGUUUACACCUUACAUCUGGUUCAUCAGAUCCUAUAAUUCAUGUUUUUGACAUCAGGUAUAAUUCUCACAUGCCAUCUCAAUCGAUUAAAGCUCAUCAGAAACGCGUCUUCAAAGCUGUUUGGCUCCAUUCUCUUCCUUUUCUUGUUUCCAUUUCAUCCGAUUUGAAUAUUGGACUGCACAAAAUGGCCUAGAUAUUCCAUGUGCAAGUUAUUAAUGCUGCUUCCUAUCUGCCAUAAGAGGGUCAUCUCGUGUUGGACAUUUUUGCACGUUCUCAAAACAACUUAUCAGGAGGUGAUUUGGAUACUAUGGAGCUAAUGAUAGAAGCAACUGUGCUUGAGUUAGUUCAAUGUGGUUGUGAUAACAUUAAAACCUGAUGACAAAAACCACGAAGAGUUGAUGCAACUGCCGCUUGUGACUGGAUAGGUUUGUGGGGAUAUAUGUAAAUUUGUUGGUUUUGCUGCCCUACAUGUAUUUUAAACGAACUGUGGAUGGAUAUAGCUGUUUCACUAUGUUAGAGGGCUCAUGCCUUCCUGCUAUUUGGAACGAUUUGACUAGUUUAAUUAAAGGAGAAAAUCUCCAACUUCUAAGUUCA